UUGAGGCGUCACAAGUGGCUUCCACCCCUGCCUGAAGCACUCUUCCCAUCUACUGUACAUGUCUACAUGAGUGUUGUCAGAACGUAAUUACUCUCUCAUGACCUCAUACAUCUAUUUAUGAAGAAGGCUACAUUACUUCAACACUGACACAUGCUUCCUGUACAGCCACAGUCUCUCUCCAACACCUUCAACAUGGGCAGCCAAAGAAAAGACAGCUUCCUCUGGGGAAAAGGUAUUCAGUACCUGGUUGACAAUGACCUGUUGGAGUGGACAGCAGAGGCAGUGGCUGAGUUCCUAUACAAAGAGGAAGGACUGAACAAGACAGCCAUUGGGRACUUUUUAGGAGAGAGGGAGGAAAUGCACCUUCAAACUCUGAAAGCCUUUGUAGAACUACACGAGUUCUCCGACCUGAAUCUGGUGCAGGCACUGAGGCAGUUCCUGUGGAGUUUCCGUCUCCCUGGAGAAGCCCAGAAGAUUGAUAGGAUGAUGGAGGCAUUCGCUACACGCUACUGUGACUGUAAUGCAGGGGUCUUCCAGUCAACAGACACCUGCUACAUCCUGUCCUUUGCCGUCAUCAUGCUGAACACCAGUCUCCAUAACCCCAACGUGAAGGACAAGCCCACUCUGGAGCGCUUCUUCAGUAUGAACAGAGGCAUCAACAACGGGGGUGACCUGCCCAACGACCUGCUCAUGAAACUCUAUGAGAGCAUUCGGAACGAGCCRUUCAAAAUUCCAGAGGAUGAUGGGAACGACCUCACACACACCUUCUUCAACCCGGACAGAGAGGGUUGGCUGCUCAAAAUGGGAGGAAGGGUGAAAACAUGGAAGAGGCGGUGGUUUAUUUUGACAGACAGCUGUCUGUACUACUUUGAGUAUACCACAGAUAAAGACCCCAUAGGAAUCAUUCCCCUUGAGAACCUCUGUGUGAGAGAGAUAGAAGACUCUAUCAAACAGUAUUGUCUAGAGAUCUACAACCCCAGAGGGCAGAAGAUCAAGGCGUGCAAGACAGAGAACGGAGGCAGGGUGGUGGAGGGGAAACACCAGUCCUACAGGAUGAGUGCAGCCACAGCAGAUGAGAGAGAUGACUGGAUAGGCUCCAUCAGAGCAAGUAUCACCAAGGAUCCCUUCUACGACCUGGUGUCAUUGCGCAAGAGGAAAGUCAUCAACAACAACAGUGCUUCACAGGACUAAGACAUCAGACAUGAUAUAAAGCAUCAUGGGAAUUGAGCCCGGUAAUGAUCUGUAGAGGUCCCUCUCCGUUACAGCCAGUUUUUUGAAAUGCUUGGAAAUGAUGGACUGGUUCAAGUAAAUAGACAUGGCGCUUAACGUUACAAUGCUGUACAGUACAGCAUUAGUGCAAUACUGUAACUCAGAAUGAAAAAAAAUAAUUGUGACCUGUGUGUGGUUUAAAGCUGUCAAACCAGAAUCUCCCCAUACCUCAUACUGUAGGUCUAAUUUUAUGGUUGAAGUUAGUCGCUCGGUCUGUUCAAUUACUAAUAGAAAGUGAUUUCUGUCAAUAUUUCUUAGAAAUAAGAAUUUAAAAGUACGUGAGAGAGUUGCAAACCAAAAUAAGUGUGUAGCACUGUAAGAAUAAUGCAUCAUUCUAUAAGGACAGAUUUGAACAUGUAAUGUAUAAUGCAAAGUUACUAAGAUGUAGUUGUACAUAGUUAUAGUUGAUUCUGUACCAUAAGCAUAGAACAAAGGAAAUAUCAGGUAAGCAUUACGGAAAUGCACCACCUUUUCACCUUGCACCAGGCUCAGCGAUUUCAGUUCCUAGUAAGCCUCUGUACUACUAGCCUUUUCCUCUCCCAAGCCUAUAGAAUUCCUGUUACGUGGACACAAAUCUUCAACACUGAUUCAGUGUUGUGACGUUCUUUCAUUAUCUUAGAGGCAUUGUAUAAAUAUUUUUKUAAAUAUGUAUGGAUUUAUUUUUCAACUCAUAACAUACGUAUUUUGUAAAUACUGUAUUAUAAUAGAAAGUUAUUUUGCACAUUGCCUUUAAAGUACAGACAGUGAUAAUACACAUGUCUGUAUACAUGCCUUAAUAAUGUUGAAUAAAUAAUAAAUAAUACAUACAUAUUUCAUUAUAAAUAUGUGUGUACUUCUUUCACAACAGAUGGCAAAUAGUAGCAGAUUAUAAUUACAUCAAACGGGCCUAAAAAGCGGGACUGAAGACCUUUCUCUUCAGGAAGGCUUUAUGUUGAUAGCGGUGCUCAUUGGUUUCAUUGUCCCUUGUAGCUUCAGCUGUGUUCUUUGUUUCAGUUUCCCUGUUCAUUUUAUAUUUAUUCUGUAUAAUGAAAUGCGCUUUACAAAUGUAAUACACCUUCUUCUUMUUAUUAUUAUUAUAAUCAUAAAUAUCUUAGAUAUUUACUGAACAAAAAUAUAGACGCAACAUAU